GUAGUACUGGCUGCAUUACUUUUAUAAUUACACUUUACAGUAGGCCCAUUGCCAUUUUUAUAUUAAAUUAACAAUACAACUUAAUAAGUAUUUGUGUAAUCUACGUUUAAUUUUAUUGCUAAUCUUACUCCUUCCUGCUAGUGCCAGAAAUAGGAAGUAGAGCUAGUACCAGUAGAAGCCGGAGGCUUGGAAUUUGGAGAAGAAGAAAUAAUGGAAGUUUGUGUAGAUUCAAUUACAUCUGCACUAAAUGCACAAAAAGGGGGUGCUUCUCGAAUUGAGCUGUGUUCAAGCCUUGCAGAAGGAGGAUUGACCCCAAGUAUUGGAUUAAUCCAGAGAGUGAAAUCCUUGGUUCAGCUGCCAGUAUUUGUAAUGAUCAGGCCUCGAGGUGGAGAUUUUUGUUACAAUCAAGAUGAGCUGGAGGUAAUGCUGGCUGAACUGUCAGCAGCAAAAGAUAAUGGUGUGGAUGGUGCCGUUUUGGGAGUUCUUACUAGGACUGGUGAUGUUGAUGUGGAGAAAUGUCAAUGUCUUUUAGAUCAUGCUCAUCCAUUGCCUGUAACUUUUCAUAGAGCUUUUGACUUGGUUCAAGACCCUUUGAAAGCUCUAAGUGCAGUGAAAGCAUUAGGGUGUAAAAGAUUAUUGACCAGUGGUCAAGCACAAUCAGCAUUAGAUGGCCUUCCCCUGAUUGCACAACUUGUAAAAGAGUCUGGAGAUUUCUUUUCCAUAAUGCCAGAAAAGUAUUUGUACUGGAGUUGUGUCUGUAAAUUGCUGACGUCACUCUGACUCUCAACAUAUCAGUGUGUAAGGUGAUGUUCGUGUGAAGAAUAAAAAUAAUUUUGUUCAUGAAACAAUUUCCAUAUUGUAUUUGCACAAUCUCUAGAACAUCCAAAAUGUUUAUCCACAGUUUUUUCAGUAUGCCCAUAUAUAAUAAUUGGUAUUUACUAUAAACUAUCAUUAAAUCAGUAGUGUGGGCUAAAAUGAAAAAUUGAUGACUAUUGCAUCAAAUAAAUAGUACCAUAUUGAAUGGUUUAAGGUUAUGACAUGCCCACUUUGCAGUAGUGUGGGCUAAAAUGAACAAUUGAUGACUAUGCCAUCAAAUGAAUAGUACCCACUUUGACCCCUAACUGUGCACAUAGGGUUAAUUUUUCAGCACGAUGGUCUCCACAUACUAUUAACUGUUUCCAUAAUAUGUGUGUGUGACUAUUAUCUCAUAAUUUCUCUCUCCUCAUUGUAAAAAUACUUAACCUAUUUAAAUGAAAUUUAGCAUAACCUUACUAAAUAGUUCCUAGUUUCAUGAAAUGUUGUGCAAACCUACUACAUAGUAUGUUGUUUCAUGAAAGUAGUGUAAACAUACAAAAUAGUACCCAGUUUUCCUCAAAUGUUCUGCAAAUUACUAAAUAGUCUCUAGUUUAAUAAAACAUAAUGCAAGUUUACUAAAUACUUAGUUUCUGCUGAGAAAAUUUCAUAUAAUUUGAUUUAAUUUCUCUAAUUUUUAAGGUU